CUGUUUUGGACUCACUUUUCUCCGGGCUGCUCCCUCCCAGCAGACUAUAGACUGUAUACAAAGACGCUGCAGCAAGUGAUUGUGCUUUGCUGAACAGGUGCAGCACGCAGCUUUUCAUCCAUCCUGCUGUCCUGCCAGAUCUUCUUCCCCUCUCCACCAUGGACAACCUAGAGGAGGACCUGACAUGCUCCGUGUGCUACACUCUGUUCUCUGAUCCGCGAAUACUGCCCUGCUCACACACCUUCUGCAAGUCCUGUCUGGACAACCUACUCCAGGUGUCUAACAACUAUUCCAUCUGGCGGCCGCUACGUCUGCCGCUAAAAUGCCCCAACUGCCGCAGCGUGGUGGAGCUGCCCCCGAUGGGCGUAGAUGCUCUGCCUACCAACAUAUCUCUGCAAGCCAUCAUAGAGAGAUACCAGAGUGACAGUGCACCACGCCCCCCCUCCUGUAAGGAGCACCACAGGCAUCUUCUGAACAUUUACUGCGUCCAGGAUCAUCAGUUGAUCUGUGGGCUGUGUCUGACUAUCGGGCAGCACCGGGGCCAUGUCAUAGACGACCUGCAGGCGGCAUACAUCAGAGAAAAACAGACCCCAUCGCAGCUGCUGGCCAGACUCUCUGAGCAGAAAUGGGCACAGUUGUGUGAGCUGGGGGAGCAGCUGGAGCAGGAGAAGGCCCGCUGCGAGGAUGUGCUGAGCCAGGACCGACAGGAGGUCAAUCAGUUUUUUCAGAAUCUGGAGGCCGUGCUGGCCAGGAAGAGACACGCCUGCCUGGAGGCUCUGGAUCAAGCUGAAGCAGAGCUGUCCCGAACCUACGACCCACUCAACGACAGAGUGAAGCUCCUACAGGAAGAACAGUUGGACCUGGUGUCUUUGGGUUCAUCACUCGAGGAUGAGGACUCGCCGCUGGUCUUCCUGGAGCAGGUGCGUUUGUUCAGAGAGAGGGUGGAGGAGUUUAUUAAAACUCCUUUGCCCUCAGUGAUAAACCUCUCCAUCACCCCGCGGGCAGCAGAGCACCUUCAGCAGCACUGGCCUGCUGUGACCAUUGGGAAUCUGGAGGAAGCACCUGUCCCUAAUGUACGCUACUGUGCCAGAUGUGGCGGAGUGGAGGCUGAAGCUGGGAGGGAUCAGUCUGACGGUCGGGGGCAGAGCAUGUGGUGUGAGCUGCAGCCUACUUUCUCUGUGGUGCUGCUGGGGCUGCUUCUGCUGCUGGCAGCGCUGUGGUACAACCCUGUUGGAGGGGCUUCGCUCGGUUUUUCUCUGCUCUCUCAGUUCAGUCAGUUAAUCCACGGGCUGAGCAGUGAACUGAUCACAUCUGUCUGGGACGUUGCAGAGUCUGCAUACACAGCGAUGGAGGCCACUGUAGUAAGAUGGAGAUCUCUCCUCUCACACUAAUGAAACACAUCAAACUGGAGCCCUCAGUUUUAAAGUUAGAGGCUGAGAAUGUCUCAUGUCCACACUCUGUUGCCAUUGUCUUAGAACAAUUCAGGCAAUGAGUAAACAAAUCAACAUUUUAAGCAGGUUUAUUGAUACACAAGAAAAAGAUCAUCAUGAAAUUGAAUAUUACAAAAAUGUGCAACUAAAAUAAAUGGAGUAGAAAUAACUUAUCAGUAAUGAAAAAUAACCAUUAAAUGUAGUUAAUGUUAAUUUAAGGGUGGAUUUUUCCCUUUACCCUUACUUUAAAGAUUCCCUGGACAACCUAUAGUCAUGACUUUAUUUUUUCCAUGCUUGGAAGCUGCACAGAAUAUUCAUUCUUUAAAAAAAAUUGAGCACAGUUUACAUAGCCGUAAAUCUUUUUAUUCCUUUGCACUGGUGAUAGCCGUGGCUGGAUGCAUUAUGUUUUUGGGUCGUCCAUCCGUCCAAUUCUCAACAAGAUACCUCAAGGACCCCUUGGGGGAAUUUCUUCAAGUUCAGCACGAACAUUUGCUUGGACUCAAGUAUGAACCGAUUCCAUUCGGGUGGUCAAAGGUCAAGGUCACUGUGACCUUCUGUCUGUCUUAUUUUCAUGAACUCAAUAUCUCAAGAACACCUGGCAGGAUUUUCUUCAAAUUUGACACAAACAUCUGUUCAGGGUUUACAAUGAACUUAUUACAUUAUGAUGUUCAAAGAUCAAGGUCACUGUGACCUUGCAUUCUUCUCAUUCUUGUGAAGGCCAUAUAUGAAGAAGGGCUUGAGGGAGUUUUUAGCGCAAACGUUCAUGUGGACUCAAUAAUGAGAAAGUGCUGACAUUUUAUAUGCAAGAGGUCAAAGGUCAACUUCAUGUGACAAAAUAAUGUUCUGCAAAAUCAAUUUUCUUGCCACUCAUACCAUCUUAUCUCUGAAAUGGAAGGAGACAUUAGGUCAAAUACUGAACUGGGGACAGUCAUCUUACCAUGUGGCGAUAAUUCUUAUUACGUAGUGAAUUGUCAUGUUCCUCUUUGGAGUGUGUUAUUAUAGUUGUGUUGUAUGUUCAUACUGCCUAACUAAUACGCAUUUAUAAUAUCAAACACUAAUCAAACAAAUUAAGGUUUGCAAAAUUCAAAGUGGGAGGGUGUUUUGGUGCCUGGAGACUCGAGUCAUCUUUCCCAUCAUGCAGUGGGACAUUUCAGUGGCUUUCCCGUUGCCUCGGCGAGCUCAGGACGUCAGUACAGCUGCACAUGUAUCUCCUUACACUAGACUGUUUACAGUGACUGUAUGCGAACUUUAGAGCCUGGUGAGUGGAACCAGACACACGGCGGACCUGAGAUCAUGUUGCGGUGAUGCACAGCUCUGAGCGGCUCCCUUGCUGUGCCUUAAACCAUCACGCCUUAUUAUAAAGGACUGUAUUUCCACCAGCACUUUUUACAGUGUUGCACUGCUUUUCAGUCUAUUUGAAAAAAUGUAGCAUUUCGAAAAGCUUCACCAGAACAAUUUUGCAACCUGCAAAUGUUUCGCUCAAGCAGACAUCUUAAGGGCAGAUCCGCACUGAAACACCAGCCUGAUUAUGCAAUAUAUCAAGCUGCACUCCCAAUUAUUAUCUACACAGGUGUUAUGCAAACUGUACUUCUUUGCUAUUUUUCUAACCUUAUUCUCAGAGUUCCUGUAUUUUAAAAAGUCAAUAAAUUUGCUUAAAUGCUUUUAGAUUUUGUAGGUCAUUUUCAAAUGACCUACAAAAUGGGCUACAAGUCAAUUCGUGUUGCAGUAUGUCUCAAAGUGGUGCUGAUGAUCAUUACAAUUGUCUUUGAAGUGUAAAAUACCAUAUAUGGUGUCCAAGCCAUCACAUGACCUCACAGCAGAACAUCACCAGU